AUGAAAUCUCAAAGAAAAUGUUUAAUAAAAGAGAUUAAAGCUCAUUGUGCUCUAACACUUAAGUAUAAUAAAAUAAUACUAUCAAGUGAACCAGUUGGAUAAGUGUAGCAAUUUUGUAACAAAUUAUAUACUAAACCAUAAAGUGAUUGGAAAAAUGUUGAAUCCUUUUUAAAGUUGAGAGAAAUGAAAUGCGAUAAGAGUCUUGCUUUAAUUUAUAGUUCAAAAAAAAAUUGUAGAAUUGAUUAACCUAUUCCUUAAGUUAGGAAUAAUAUGCAUAUUCAUUCUACAAAAUCAACGGAUGUAAAUAUUUCUUAAAGAUUAAAAGAAUAAAAAUAUAACAAGAGAAAUUAUUUAACAUUUUUAAAUAAAUAAAGCAAAAUAAUAUGAAUACAUUGAUACAUCUUUAAAAAAAAUGUAUCAAAUUUAAGACAAAUCUGCAUAAGAGUAUUAGAGUUAUCUAAGUAAGCAUUUUGAAGACUAAAGUGUAAUGAGCAAAGCGAUUUCAUUUAACCUUUAAAGCCAGUCUCGUUUUUAAUUAUUUGAAAAACUUAGAAAUAUGUAAAUUAUAUAUCACCAUAUUUUAGUAAUAAAAAUGCUAUAAAUAGAUAAAGCUAAUAAACUGAUUUAAUGUUGAGCAAAUAAGACGAAUCAAAACUUAUAAAAAUUGAAGUAAAUUAAAUUCUUAUACAAAAUAGACUACUUUGCGUAGUUCUGAUGAAUAAAGCAAUUUAGAAUUAUCACCAACUACUUAAUGUGAUGAUGGAUAAAAUCAUCGAAUAAAAACUAAAUUAAAGUCUUUGAUUUGUCCAAAAGAAUAAAACUAAAUAAAAAAAAAUAAAUAGUUAACUAUACCUUAUUUUUCGAAAAAUCAAUUAUUUACAAAGAAGAAUCAUUUUUUUGUAACAAAUCAAGAUUGUGAAAAUAAUCAAUCUUUAGAUAAUAACACUAAUAUUAAUUCAUUAAUACGAAACAAAUCAUCUAUGCUUAGUAGAGAAAUGAAGAGGUUUCGUAUCUAAACUGAAUGUUGAAUAUAUUGAGUAUAAAUAAUUUGUGUAAUUUAAUUUAAUGAAUUAAGAAUUUUCAAUCUAUUAAGGUUGUUUAGCAUUUACUACUGGGUUUUUAUUAAUCAAUAUGUUAAUUGCAUCGUAUAGAAUAAGAAAAGACAUUAAUGAUGUGUUAGAUAAAAUAGAGAGAAAUAUUUUUUAUUUAUUUACAUUCUAAUGUACUAAUAUUAUUGAAUUAGAAUUACUUUACUUAGCAUUCAUUAUUAAAUAAUAUAUUAUAUUUAUGAGUGCGAUAAGAAUCUUAAGACUUUUAUCAGUUGUUUUAAUUUUAGAAAAUUUUACUAUUAUGCAAAAUGAAAGUGAGUCGUUUUACAAAAAAGUAUGUUUAAUAGGAAUACUAGUUAUCUAAAAGAACUAAAAUAAUGAUUGCGUUUAUAAUUUUAAUUUUAUGGGCUUUGAUCAACAUGAUUGAAGGAGACUUCUAUUAUUGUAAUUAAACAUUAUGGAUUUGUUUAUCAUCAUUAAUCUUUCUUAUUGAUAUUUUAAAUCUCUAUUUUGGAUCAUAUAUAUUAGCAAACAUUCAUUAUUAUUUAAGUAGAGUAAGAUAUUAGUAACCAACUACUAAUUUAGAAUAUCUUAAAUAAGUAGAUAUGUAAAAUAAACAAUAAUAAGUUUUUAUCAUAAUUUUAACUGAACUUAUUUCAGCUGCUACCCUUAUUUUUUGGGAUUAUUAAACUUAUUAUGAAGAAGAAUCACUAUUUUGUAUGAGCACUGAAAGUCAAUUAUAAAAAUUAAUUGUAAUUGCAAUGAUGAUAACAUCAUAUUAAUUACCAAGUGUUGGAUUAUACUUUGUGUUCUAUAGAAAAAACAGAAAAUAUUUUGUGAAUAAACCAUUUAGAAGAAUAAGUCGAUGA